CAAAAAUGGAAGAAAAUAAAUAUAUUCACAAUGAACUCGAUUUAUUCAGUAACCCACCAAAUAUCAUGGAGGUAGACGAAGAAAAUGGAGGCCCGCAGGUUCACUCUCAAGUUGAUGAGCAUGAUUCCAAUGAUGAUUUCAUCUGUGGAGAUAGCGGAUUUGAUAAUCUACGUUCUGAAAGUUACUUUGACGACCAACAUGGAUUUCCUCAGAUCGUCUUACAGAAUAAUACUGUAUUCAACCGUCUUUUUAGAGAGGACUCUCAAGAAAAUUACUUAGGAAAUCAAUCCGACAAUAAAGACUUUAAUGAAGAAGAUGUAGACGAAUUCUUUGGCAAGGGUUCACCGAAUAAUGGAAAAACUUCAAAAGGCCAAAUAAUCUCUUCUAAUGGAUCAGAGAGGACAUACAUCCAAGGAAGCAGCGAUAGCAACUCUCAAAAUGGAGCAAAUAUUAGUGUAUCAACGAGGAAGCCCAGCUUUAACGAAGAAGCUACUCAAAAGAAGAAAGAUCAGAUGAAGAAAACCGUAAAUAAAAUCAGAGCCAAAAAGAGAGAACAGAAGAGGAAAAGAAGAGAUAUUGAAGCUGAUGAUUAUGAAAAGUCCAGCUCUAAAGAAUCCACAACCACACUCUCUGAAGAAAAGAAGUCUAAUAAAAUAACUCCCCAAAAGAGAAAGGGAACUAUCUGGAAGAUCUUGUUCCCUAAUAAAGCUUAUGAUGAUAAAAAGUGUGAGCUAGAAAGACUAGUUUGUGGUCAGGUUGAGAGCCAGAUCUCCCAAAAUCCCAAGGUGAUUGAAUGCUAUAAUCAAUUAAAAGCAUUUGAAAAGUCUAAAGAAGCUAAGAAUAUGACCAAAGGAGACUUUACUAAGCAGAAGAAUAGAAUUUCUGCUCAACUCAGCCGUGAGAGAAGAGAAGCUAUCAUGCACUCCUUGAUUAAUGUGUGAAUCAACAAUAUUAAAGGCAAGAAAGAGCUUGAUGCUGAUAUUGAGGAAGUUAAGGCUGUCCUAAAAGAAUCAUUAUGCGACACUUGUACUAAGAAUUUAAGUGGAGCUCAAUGUACUCCUAAAAGACCAUCCACAGUUAACAUCAAAGCUUCAAGCUCAAUGAAUUUUAAUCAGAAAAAGAGUAAUCCUGCUCUUACUGUGAGCAGACCAGGAGCAUGGGGUUUACUUAUGUCAUUUGCAGUGAUUGCAUGAGUAUUUGGAGUUGCCUUCAUGGGUUCAGAGAAUAAUCAAAGACAACUAACAGGAGGAUUCGAUUCAGGAGACAACUACCCUCUCAGACAGCUAAAAGAAAUCAAUAUCGAGCCUACUAGUAUGAUGAGCUAUAUCAGCCCAUCAGACAUUAAUCAGAAAAAGACGAUGACUAAUCUUUUGAGUAAAGCCAAAAACACAUAUUUGAACAGAGAAACAGAAUUAGUGGAAAGCGCUGCUCUAUACAACAAAAUUGACUUCUCUAACUGUGGAAGCAAACUCAGAGUAGACCCUUCAACUCUUGUUGAACAGCAACCAGAAUUCCAAAAUAUCAACUUUAAGUUGAACAACUUAGAAGAUCAAAGAAGAAGCAAAGAGGCUUCUUAUGAUUCUGGGAUGAACAGAGCCUUACCUUCUUCAAAUGAAGAAAAGAACCUUCCUGCUCCAAUAUCCCUUGUAAGAAACAAAACUGAAGAGCCUACAAUGCUGUGUGGAGGGUCUGACUUCCUCUCUCAAGGAAACUUAUUCCUCCAGAAGGAUGAGUGAAACAACUUUAAUGUUUGGGUCCCUCUAAAUGCCCUUGCUAAAAGCAACCAGGCUUCUGAAUUGCUAAACUCUCUUGGCAUUCAUACAAUUUCUAAUGCCAUUUACGAGACAGACAGUUUCAUUGAGUUCAAAUGUGCAAUUGAUAGCAUCAAUUUGAUCUCAGGGAAAGACUAUGGAGUGAAACCAUCUCUUUAAAACAGUAUAAAAUUACUCAUGACGCCAAUAUAUAUUGAUAAAAUUCAAAUUC